GAGGGAAUCUGGAAAAGUCACAAGCAAAACAUCCGUUCUCUAAGAAAACUUUGGAUAACAGAAGUUCUGGACAACAGGACAAACCAGUUCCGUCACCAUGAGUUGGAGCUUCCUGACUCGCCUGCUAGAGGAGAUCCACAACCACUCCACGUUUGUGGGAAAGAUCUGGCUCACGGUGCUGAUCGUCUUCCGGAUCGUGCUCACAGCCGUGGGGGGCGAGUCCAUCUAUUACGACGAGCAGAGCAAAUUUGUGUGCAACACGGAGCAGCCAGGCUGCGAGAAUGUCUGUUACGACGCCUUUGCACCCCUCUCCCACGUGCGCUUCUGGGUGUUCCAGAUCAUCCUGGUGGCAACCCCCUCCGUGAUGUACCUGGGCUACGCCAUCCAUAAGAUCGCCAAGAUGGAGCAAGGCGAGACAGACAAGAAGGCGGCGCGGAGCAAGCCCUACGCCAUGCGUUGGAAACAGCACCGGGCUCUGGAAGAAACAGAAGAGGACCACGAAGAAGACCCUAUGAUGUAUCCGGAAAUGGAGUUGGAAAGUGAGAAAGAAAAUAAAGAGCAGAGCCGCGCUAAGGCCAAGCAUGACGGCCGGCGGCGGAUUCGGGAGGACGGGCUCAUGAAGGUCUACGUGCUGCAGCUGCUGGCCAGGACGGGCUUUGAGGUGGGCUUCCUCGUCGGGCAGUACUUUCUGUACGGCUUCCGGGUCCGCCCAUUUUACGUGUGCAGCAGACUUCCUUGCCCUCACAAGAUAGACUGCUUUAUCUCUAGGCCCACUGAAAAGACCAUCUUCCUCCUGAUAAUGUAUGGUGUCACAGGUCUCUGCCUGUUGCUCGACAUUUGGGAGAUGCUUCAUUUGGGGUUUGGAACCAUUCGAGACUCGCUAAACAGUAAAAGGAGGGAACUGGAAGACCCGGGUGCUUAUAAUUAUCCUUUCACUUGGAAUACACCGUCUGCUCCCCCUGGCUACAACAUUGCUGUCAAGCCAGAUCCGAUCCAGUACACCGACCUGUCCAACGCCAAGAUCGCCUCCAAGCAGAACAAGGCCAACACGGCCCAGGAGCAGCAGUGCGGCGGCCACGGGCGGGGCCUCCCGGCCGGCCUGGAGACGCUGCAGCGGGAGAUCCGAAUGGCGCAGGAACGCCUGGAUCUAGCCAUCCAGGCCUACAGCCACCACAGCAGCCCCCACGGUGCCCGGGGGAAAAAGGCCAAAGUGGGGUCCAAGGCGGGGUCCAACAAAAGCAGCGCCAGCAGCAGGUCGGGGGACGGGAAGGCCUCCGUCUGGAUUUAGUCUGCGGGCUGGCGCGCUUCUCCCGCUCACGUGACGGCGCUCACUGAGUGAUGACUUCCAUUGAGUAAACACUUGGCUCUGGUUAUCUUCAGGGAUGCUGUUGGCGCGUGCUCCACGCUCGGGGGACGGAAGGCGGGCCCAGGACGGCGAAGAGGGAGACGCAGCGUCCCCGGGCGCAGGUUCCAGCGGUGACGCGGCCGCAGGACUUUUCAUCUGCACCGUCCACGUCUGGCAAA